CCCCCCCCCGAUCUCGCGGUGUCUCGGCCGCAUUCGGGCUGUAGCGGUGGCGGGCGGUGGGACGCCGCCGGAGCCCGGUCCAGGGCUAGGUCAUAUCGCGGGUCGGGAGACGCGGUCGGAGUGGGAGGGAGAGUCUGCACCCGAGAGGUGGAAGAAGACGGGCUUGAGGCUGGAAGAGCCUUAGAGGAGCCAUUUUGCAGGGCCCGAAGAGUGGGCAAGACCAUCGGAGUCUCUUCAGAGUCUAGAGUGGUGCUGAAAGGGCUAUUAGCUGCAUCUGGUCCUCUGCCCACCUAGGCUAGUGGAGCUCCUCAUCGCAGCGCCCAGGGCCACGUCUUCUCUCCGAGGUGUGCUGUCAGGUUCAGGACUGCGCUUGCCUCACCUGCAGAAUGACUGGUUUGGUUCUGUGUGAACCAACAGAGCUUUACAACAUCUUGAAUCAGGUCACAAAACUCUCCAGAUUAACCGAACCCAACUAUCUCUGUUUAUUGGACGUGCGGACCAAACGGGAGUAUGAUGAAAGCCACGUGAUGACAGCCCUUCUCGUGAAGAAGCGAGCAGAUGAAUAUCUUAUCCCGGAGUCUGUGGAUCUGGAGUGCGUGAAAUACUGUGUGGUCUAUGAUAACAACACCAGCUCGCUGGAGAUAAUCUUGAAAAACAACAGUGAUGAUGACAACACUGACGAUGACAACGGAGGAGUGGUGCUCGGAGCGGCCCUUGAGUGCGGCAGAGCCCUGACCCACCUCACCCGCCACCCCGUCCAUAUCCUGAGAGGAGGCUAUGAGUGCUUCUCAGCCAUGUAUCACUUCUUCCGGACGCAGAAGAGCAUCUGGAUGCCACAGGAACUGGAUGCCUUCCAGCCAUACCCUGUUGAGAUUGUGCCAGGCAAGAUCUACUUGGGCAAUUUCAGGCAAGCCUGCGACCCUAAAAUUCAGAAGGAUUUGAAAAUCAAAGCACAUGUCAACGUCUCCAUGGAGAUAGGGCCAUUUUUUGUGGGUGAUGCCGACAAGCUUCUGCACAUCCCGAUAGAAGAUUCCCCGGAAGCCAACAUUUCCCCAUUUUUACGUCACCUCUGUCACUUCAUUGAAAUGCACCUUGAGCUUGGCUCUGUCGUCCUGGUCUUUUCCACCAUGGGCAUCAGUCGCAGCUGCGCAGCCAUCUUGGCCUACCUUAUGCACCGGAACGGGCAGACCCUGAAGAGGUCCUGGGCCUAUGUCAAGAAGUGUGAAAACAACAUGCGUCCAAACCGGGCCUUGGUGGCUCAGCUGUCAGAGUGGGAGAAGGUCGUCCUUGGAGACACUGUCACAGACAUCCUGGAUCCACUCUACUGAUCUUCUCUGAGGCCCAACCUCUCUGUGAACCUGGCUUGGGGGCUUUUUGUGGGUAGUGGGUCAGGGUGUAUAACCAGGAAUGAGAAGGCUAUUGCCACCAGGAGACUUG